UAUAUAUAAUAAUGUAACAGUGGAUUGCCACACACUCUUGUCAAGUCCCUUUGAGCAACUUUCUUGCUAAAGGCGCUAUAUGCAAAGCUCAAAUGAAUUGAAUAAAUGUUUUACAUUCACAGAUGAAGAAUCUACAGUUACUGCCCGCGGCUGUGUAUUACUCUGGACAGUGAUCAGCCGAAGCCCCGCCAUUUAUUUACGUCGCCGAACAUUUCGCAGCCUCAUUGGCUCGCAUUUCCGCACCGCUUCGGCUAUUGGCCGUCAAUCGCGUCUGUCAUCGUGAGAGGCUGAAACUGCCGUUCGCAAACACCAUAGGUUCAGGUUGACGCCAGGUGCUGGAAUGAGGAAGGCUGAACAUGGACUCGGAAUGACAGUGGUUUAAGCGAGAGCUGCCGGGAAGCAACCGAAACAAAGAGGCAGAGAAAUGAAACGCGUCACGGUUGCCUUUUACAGCUGUGUCCUGGGGCUCCUGGGGAUGGGGCUCCGGGAGCUGAUGUGGGGAUUCGAGGAGAACAGAUGCAGCAUGACCUAUAUGUUCGAGUACCCCGAAUACCGGCGUGUACAGCUUCCCCGGCGUGUGGCAAAUCAUUACCCAGGAUACGGGCUCUACCUGUACGGAGAGGGUGCCUAUGCCCAGGAAACCCGGGGGCUGAAACUCAGUGGCGCCCCCGUGCUGUUCCUACCUGGAAACGCAGGCAGUUACAAGCAAGCGAGGUCCCUGGGCUCAGUAGCUCUCCGGAAAGCAGAGCGCAUGGCUGGCAGGAUCCACCUGAACGUGUUCACAGUGGAUUUCAGAGAGGAGUUGGUGGCCCUCUAUGGGGGUAGCCUCCAGAGACAGACACACUUCUUACACGAGAGCAUCAAGGCCAUACUCCGCCUCUACAAGAAUCAGCCCCACCCCCCGCGCAGUGUGGUGCUGGUAGGCCACUCCAUGGGCGGCGUGGUCGCCCGGGCUCUCUUCACCCUGCCUCGCUUCGACCCCACACUGGUCAGCCUGAUCCUGACCCAGGCUUCACCUCAUCAGGCCCCUGUGUUAGCGCUGGACGCUGACCUGCUAGAUUUUUACUCCACAGUUAGGAGACAUUGGUGUGGGGGGACGGAGGAGCUCCGCAAUGUGACGGUGCUGUCUGUUGGGGGGGGGCACAGGGAUUACCAGGUACGCUCUGGCCUGACCACCCUGCCCUGCCCCCAGGGAGACCCCAGCAAGCUGUCCAUGGUGACCACUGCUGUGCCCAGGACCUGGGUGUCCACAGACCACCUGUCCAUCGUGUGGUGCAAAGAGCUGGUUCUUGCCACUGUGAGGGCCUUCUUUGAUCUCAUUGACCCAGACACAAGACAGUUCACCGAGGACCAGCAACGCAGAAUGGCUGUGCUGAAGCAUCACUUCAUCAGGCACCCGAUGCGGCUUUUGGAAGAGCAGCACGACACGGCGGUCUCCUUGCUAUCAGGCCCUGCUGAGGCGUGGACAGAGGUGAACACCCUGAGGCUGCUGUACAGCGCGCCCAAGGAGCCCAGGGUGAAGUACUUCCUGUUCGCCCUCUCUGGCCGCAGGAAGGCUUACAGCCACUUCCACUGUCGGAGCAGCAGUCUGGAGAUGAGCAGCUGGCUGUAUGGCUGCACCCAGAUGAACACCUCCUUUUGCGUGCAGGCUAUAGACCUGUCCUGGGGGACAGAACUGCUGCCCGCCUAUAAGGUAGUGACAGUGAGGCUCAGUGACCUGUCCUCGGUGUCCCACCUGGUCAUCGCCGCCUCUAACCUUGCUGGUAAUCAGUUCAGUGUGGAGUGCGAGUGGCUCAAUUUGGACUCCAGGACGGUGUCCACGCCCGUGCCGCACGUCCUCUCCCUCGGUCUGACCGUCAGUGACGUCACUCUCAACUCCACUGGGCUUCUGCACACCGUGUGGCUGGAGAACUUUCACCAGGUCUAUCAGGCUUUCAGAAUCACCAUUAUGAGCCAGUGCAAAACCGCCAAAGACCGCCUGCCCAGCGUUUACAGACUGUCCGUGCCCUGGUUCAGGGAGGGUUUUUUCACUGCAGCCAGUGUGCCCUCAGUAACAGAGAUAGCUGCCAUGCUACACACUAGCCGACCUGAUAACACAUCCAGUGUCCUCCUACAGCUCCACACUGCCCCUAAUUGCCAGUACAAGGUGUCAGUGAGGACCUCUUUCCCCAAGGUGCUGGGCCAGAUGCUCCGUUACUGUGGUCCAACCCUUCCGUCCUACACUGCGGUGGGCUUGUUGCUGGCUUGCGAGAGACAGAUUGAUUCCUUAAUCAGGACAGGUCGUCCGUUGGCCAUGAGCACAGCUGUAGGGGGCGCUGUCCAGCCGCAUAAGGUGGAGAUCCCAGUCUACUUGCUGCAGCUAUUGCUAAGGCUCAGCUGGUUCCGGGACGGCUGGUCCGCCCUGUCGCUGCCCCUGCCAGACGGCCUGCCGGUGUCUACCCUGGAUGGCGCGGGCGGCGUGGACCCAGCGGAGGACUGGAGCCGGCUGCUGGGCCUUGUGCUGCAUGUGCUGGGAGCAGCCGUGGCCUUCUGGGGCAGCGCGCUGUUUCGGCUCACCCUGCGCACACUGUCCCUGAUCAUGGCCCCACUGCACAGACCUUGUUUGUCCAGGCACUGUGGUGUCCUCCAUCCCUGGGCUCAGGUACUGCUCAUCCUGAUCCUGGGGCUGCUGGGACAGGUCACAUGCGGAGCCCUGGCCUUCUCACUGGCCUUCCUGUGCUACCUGUACCGGGUGCUGAGACUGCUCAUGACGCAUAGGACUCUGAAGCACGUCCUCAACUUGGGGCCCCAGCAGCAGAAGGUAGACAAAAGGAGCAGCCCCGUGGAUGAAGACGGUCAUGUGGAUGAAGACGGUCAUGUGGAUGAAGACGGUCAUGUGGAUGAAGACGGUCACGCGGGGACUGCGAAGACCAAUGGGGGCCCCUUGCUAACAGACUUGGUGCUUCAGGAAGUGACAGAUGAUCUGGAACUACACCUGAGCUUGUCUGCGCUGCUAACCCUGCCGUUGGUGUUGAUCAUGCCCUCCAUGAUCCACUGGGCUCGGAGCCUGAGGUACGCCAUCCGGCUGCAGCCUGACCCCUGCUGGCCGCUCACCCUGCCUCUCCUCACCUCCACCAUCCUGCUGAUCAACUGCAGCUGUGUUACUUUCAGACGCAGUAAGCUCCUGGGCCUGGUCCCUCUGCUCCUACCGCCCAUCUGCGUCGCCAUGGCUACCUUCACCUUGCUGCACCUGUACCGCGUAACCCCCCUCCUGUGCGUGGCCCUGAUGCUGCUGCUCCUCUGCAGCCACGUCUGAGUGCCGCGCCCCCCCCCCCCCCCCCCCAGGGGACAGGCUCUCCCACAGUCCCCUGAGUCUCCUGAAAAGGGUUUUGUGGUCCUUUCGUCGGUUCAGGUGUGGUGACAGUGACCUUAAUUUUCAUCAUCGUCUUAUGAUAAGAUAUGAUGAGUUUUGACUGUUAUUAUGUGAAGUACCAUUUUUUGUUAUUAUUUGGAGGUAAUCCAAGCCUUUGGGUCUUAUUUGACCGUCAGUGAAGUGAAGUUCUCCAGUCGGCCUGCUUUUUCUCCUUUACCUCCCCCUCCCCCCUCAGAAGCCCCGCCCCCUUCCCAUCAUUCCCGGGUCUCCGCUCUAUUUUUUGCUGCCAGGCUUUGGGUCCCUUCGCGUGGGUCCUGCAGUGCCAUGAGGGGACUCUCCUGACACUGUAGUGUGUGUGUGUUUUAUAUAAAACAUUAGAGAUGUGUGACAAACACGUGUUAGGGGCCAUGAUCCCUCCCCUUGUCCUCCCACCCUCAGCCACUAGGGGGCAAUAGGAAGCACCCAACUGAUAGAGAGUGCCGUUUUUAUGAUGCGGAGGUCAUUUGCUUCCUACCCUCUGUCCCCGCAGACAGAUGUGAGUUUGUAGGCUAACACUGUCGCCAGCGUGAGUGUGUAUGACGUCUGAACACUGAGCACACCCGCAUGUCUGGACCCGCUACUGGGCCGGUGAAGUUCAGCCACAACCCCCUUCCCUCUGAGGCCUAGCCGACCUCCACUGUGAUAAAGUACACGCCAGUGCCUUCCUGCAGAGAUGCCCCCUCCUACUGAUCUGGUGUGACUGCUGGGGACCCCUCUAGUUUAGCUCGGAGGUUUUUCCUCCAGCAGAGGGCGCUCCUGACUCCAUCCUAAAUAAGUGAGCACAUGGCCGUGAGGGAGUCUGCAUGUCUUAGUGAGAGAUCAGCCAUAGCGCCCCCUUAUCCACCUGCUGGUCCCUCACACCUCAGUGACACACCUGUGUCACCUUCACUGUGAAUGUACCUGUGCGUGCGUGCGUGCGUGCGUGCGUGCGUGCGUGUGUGCGUGUGCAAGCUAAAUAACGUAUCUGUGAUCAGGCCGCAUUUCAGGUACAUGUAUAAAUGUCAAUCAGUAACAAAUCUGUGUAGGCUGAAAUUAGAAAACCAUGCUUUUCGAUGGUGUGAAGUGGUCUUUUUAACCCCUGUAUUGCCACACCACGCUCCUGCUGUACUUUCCACACCAGCUGUCUUUAACAUUACCCAGAGGCCUUUGUGGGCCCGUUCCCAUGGCUGGCAGCCAGGGGGCGCCACGUGACCGUGCUCAGCACCCCCCAGAGGACGGGCUUCACAUCUAGUAGAUGACUGUAGGCCUGUACCAUGUCCGUGUUGCGUAUGGACAUGCGCGACACGCUGAUGUUGUAAAAUGGUGACUUAAAUGUGCGUAUAACUGUGUUUUAAACAGUGUCGGCUGCUUUGGUCUUUUGUUUGGCACGUCCCGUGAAACGCAGCCCGGCGUCACACGCCAAGCCUCGCUCGCCCAUCGGUAAACCGUGACGUCUGUGGUCGUGUGCCCCUGCGCCCGGCCGUCUGCCCAGGGGGUCCUCGGGGUGCAGUAGAGCCAGGAGCCCCAUCUCACCGUGUAAGCCCUGUUACGCUCCAGCUACUGGCCAGUCUGCCCAGUUACUGCUAAUGAUAGUAAGUGUCCCUGAAUACCGACUAGGCGAGCAGUCUCGAGUCUCCCUACGUGGGACUGUAGGAGGAGGUAAAAGGCCACUGUGCGCGGGUCUCUCUCUGGCCCCUCUGUCCUAUUUCAUGUAACUCCCUGGCAUCAUGGAGCAGAAACGUACCCUGGGUGAAUUCCGUCGGUGGUUUUCAGGUAAUCCUAUGCGCCGGUAUCUCGGGUAAAGGCGUUUAUUGAAUGGUAUGUGGAAGGUUUUUACAUUUUUGAAUAUGAAUUAUUUGAAGAUUGUGCUAUUUGUACAUAUUGUUGUUCUAAUUAAAGUUAUAAAGAUGUUGCGA